CAUCUGAGAAGUGCCCAUCUGAGGAGAGAGAGAGAGAGAGAGGAGAUGGUUCCAAGCAAGCUGUCGUUCGCAUUCGAUUCGAAAUCGGGACAGAAGAUCUUAGUCGCUCUCUUGCUGAUGAUCGCAUCCUUCUACAGUGGGACCCUCUUUGGCCGAAAAUCCUCCUUCUCCGCCCCUCAUCAACAUCUCUCUUCAGGUGAUUUGCAGUUUACAAACAGAAUUUCUCUUACCUACAGAAGAACGCCGAAUUCGAUACCUGAAACUGGGAUGAAUGUAUGCCCCUUGAGAUACAAUGAGUAUAUCCCUUGCCAUGACAUAUCUUAUAUAAAAGGGCUCUCAAAUUUAGAUUUUUCUAGGAAGGAAGAACUUGAAAGGCAUUGUCCUCCACCUGAGAAGCGAUUAUUUUGCUUGGUUCCACCACCAGAAGAUUAUAAAAUACCGAUAAAAUGGCCAAGUAGUAGGGAUUAUGUAUGGCGCAGCAAUGUGAAUCAUACACAUCUUGCUGAGGUCAAAGGAGGACAAAAUUGGGUGCAUGAGAAAGACAAAUUGUGGUGGUUUCCAGGUGGUGGUACUCAUUUUAAGCAUGGGGCUUCUGAGUACAUUCAAAGGUUAGGAAACAUGACAACUAAUGAGACGGGCGAUCUGCUUACGGCUGGAGUAGCUCAAGUUUUGGAUGUUGGUUGUGGCGUUGCUAGCUUUGCUGCAUAUCUACUUCCAUUAGAGAUACAAACAAUUUCAUUUGCUCCCAAAGAUGGUCAUGAGAAUCAGAUUCAGUUUGCCUUAGAGCGAGGAAUCAAUGCAAUGAUUUCUGCGUUAGCCACAAAACAGUUACCAUUUCCUGGAAACUCAUUUGAAAUGGUGCAUUGUUCACGCUGUCGUGUUGAUUGGCAUGAAAAUGAUGGUGUCUUACUCAAAGAAGUGGACCGUCUUUUGCGGCCUAAAGGAUACUUCGUUUAUUCAGCUCCACCUACUUACAGAAAAGAUAAAGAUUUUCCAAUGAUAUGGAAAAAGCUCGUAAGUCUGACUACAGCAAUGUGCUGGAAACUCAUCUCUCAGAAAGUUCAGACCGCAAUAUGGAUUAAAGCAGAAAACCAGUCAUGCCGAAUUCAGAACGCACAGAAGAAGCUGUUGGAUAUAUGUGAUGAUGCUGUGGAUGAUUCUAAACCAUCAUGGAAAACACCGUUGAGAAACUGCAUAAGGCUGACAGAUGGGCAACCAAGGGUUCAUGAACUCCCACUCAGACCAGAUCGUCUGUCAACCUAUUCAAAGAGUCUUGAGAAUAUAGGGAUCAGUCCAGAUAGGUUUCAUUCAAAUACCCUCUUUUGGCAAGAGCAAGCCAAUCACUACUGGAAGCUGAUGGGUGUUGAUCAGACAGAUAUUCGAAAUGUCAUGGACAUGAAUGCUUAUUAUGGUGGAUUCUCUGUGGCUUUGAGUACCUUGCCGAUGUGGGUGAUGAAUAUAGUGCCUAUAGGCAUGAAUAAUACCUUGUCUGCUAUAUUUGACCGGGGUUUGAUGGGUGCUUUUCAUGAUUGGUGUGAGCCCUUCUCAACAUAUCCACGUACGUAUGAUUUGUUGCAUGCUUAUCAUCUUCUCUCUCACUACAAGGACCAUCAGGAAGGAUGCCUAUUGGAAGAUAUCAUGCUAGAGAUGGAUCGAAUGGUUCGUCCUCAGGGUUUUGUUAUCAUUAGAGACGUGGAACCUAUCGUCGCAAGAAUCGUAGAUAUCGCACCUAAGUUCCUUUGGGAUGUCAAGUCUUAUAUUUUGGAAAAUGAGGAAAAGAAGAUGGAGCAUGUGCUAAUUUGCCAAAAGAAGUUUUGGGCUAUCGUCUGAGAGUUCUUCGAGGGUAGACUUGUUUGAGCAAGGAUUUAGAUGGGCUAACCAUCCAAUGUAGGUUUUGUUAGAUUCCUUACAUUCAAGUGAUAUGAACGGAGCCCCGGAAAAUCAGAAAAUCGCUCCUACAAAUGGAUGUGGAGCCCUAGAAGAUUGGAAAAUCGCUCCUACAAAUGGAUGUGGCACCUUACUGCAGAGGAGAUUGGACAAGGAUAUUUUGGGCUGUAGGAUGUUGCCUUUGACAAUUUGAGCCCAUAAUUUAAAUGGUUUAAUUCCAUGUAUGUCAGUGUUGGAGGGUGCGUUUGGCUGCACUAAAUAUCUUGAAAUUUAAUGAUAUUUUGCCCCAGAUUAAACUGAUAAAUCAAGAAAUUUCAUGAUAUUUGGUGCAACCAAAUGCACCCUUAACCAUCACCUUGUGUGUUAGUGUCAAAGUUUCACUCGA